AUGACCACCUCGAUACCCACCACAGCCACCUCGCAUCCCCACGACCCCAUUCCCCAGGAGCCCAAAGCCAUUCCCCACCUGUCUCUGCGCCCCUCGUCGUCGUCGCAGCCCGAGCACCUCUCGCCCAAGUCGUCGAGCGAAGCCGCACCCUGGGCCACCAGCAGCGAUGACUCCGAGGCGCCCAUGACGCCAAUCACCGAGCCCGACCACGCCGUCGAUGAGGUCGUCGACAAACUGCAUGACCUACCCGCCGCUGCCGUCACCCUCGCCGAGCAGCCGCGCCCUCGCCGAGCAUCCACGACGCUGAUUUCCGACAGCCCAAACGACAUCAGACGCAUACUGGGCGAGGGAGAGACGGCCACCAAGCUCAUCAGCCAAUGCUGCGGCGGAGGCUGCUGCCUGCUCAAGACACUGGCUCCUGAUUCCGCCUCGCCCAACUUCGUGCCCGUCGUCAUUCCCGACAGCCAUGCCUUCCGCACCCUCAAUCUCAAACUGGGCCCCCUCGCCAUGGACAGCGAGCUCACAGACACGACCCCGCUCCCGCCCGUCAACAUGUCAUUCGAGUCCCUGCCUUCCAAGGACACCAAGCACGUGUCCGAGGUGCAAAAGAUGCCUCCCAAAUACGUCCAGCCCCACCCGCCCUACGAAGUCUACUCGGCGCCUCUCUACCACGCCCGCGAAUUGACCAAGCCGGGCGCCGAGAAGCGCACAAUUCACUUUGACAUUGACGUCACCGACUAUCCAGAUGAGGGAGGCGUCGACUUCAAGGUUGGCGGUGCUGUCGGCAUUUGCCCGCCCAACUCGCAGGAAAUGGUCGACGAGCUGUUCGACAUUCUGUGCAUCCCCAGAUUUGUCCGCGACAAGCCAGUCACACUCAAGACCUUCUCGGGGAGGUGGCCGACCAUCUGGGGAGAAGACCAGCCGCGCGAGCUUAUCACAACUCGCCGCGAGCUGCUGACAUGGUGCACAGAUAUCCAGUCAAACCCCCCGACCAAGAACCUUCUCCGCAUCCUGGCCGAGUAUGCCGAGGCACCAAAUGAGAAGAAGAUCUUGACCUACCUCUGCUCGGCCCAAGGACAGGCCGCCUUCUGCGACCUGCGCACUUCAUCUCACUUUACUGUUGCACAGAUCCUCAGCGCAUUCCCCUCGGCAAAGCCGCCGCUACCUCACCUUCUUUCCGUCCUCACCCAGUUAAUGCCUCGAUUCUACUCGCUCUCCAAUGACCCCCACAUCUCUUCGGCUCGCCCCGGCCUUCCAGGCACCCGUCGGCUCAUUGAAAUGGCCGUCACCGUUCACGAAACACCCGAUUGGCACGCCCCACACGCUUCACGCACUGGUGUUGGCAGUGGCUUCAUGGAGCGCAUGGCCCAUGCCUUCAUCACGGCCGAGAAUGAAGGUGUCGACCCCCGCAGCAUUCUGGAUCUCCGCGUCCCCAUGUUCCGUGGCCUCAUGGCAAACCCGCUUUCCAAGCAAUUUGGCGGAGAAGGCCCUAUGGUCCUCAUCGGCGCUGGUGUCGGCAUGGCGCCCUUCCGCGGCUUUAUCCUAAACAGGCUCAAGAACGCCAACUGCGCCAACAAGAUCUGGCUCAUCCAGGGCGUCCGAGACUCGAUGCUUGACGAGCUAUACUCUGGCGAACUGGGAGACCACGAACGGGAAAUCAAAAAGGUUGUCCAGAGCCGCAAGGUCAAGGCUGGAGGCAACAACGAAGUCAAAUACGUACAAGACGAGGUCAGAGUGCAAGCCGACAUUGUCUGGUUCGUCAUCAACGCUCUGGACGGACGCAUCUUUGUCUGUGGUUCUAGCAAGGGCAUGGGCGAGGGCGUCGAAGCAUCCUUGAUCGACGUCGCAAUGCAAAAGGGAGGCUUGAGUGAAUCACAGGCUAAGGAGUUUUGGGCCAAGAAGAAGGAAGACGGCCAAUACAUUGCUGAAACCUGGUAAAAUUCCUAGCACCUUCCCACACCAUGUAAUAGGUUACGAAUUUCAUUACACCAAAAAAAGAUACGUGUAUGAGCUUUGUAUUAACUUCGACAUCGCCGCGGCGUUUUUUGUUUUCUUUUUAUACACAAAGGCGUCAUUUAGAAACGAGGGUGAUGUAUCAGGCAGGCCAUUAGAAACCCC